AUGAAAGAAAAUGAAGAAGAAUCGAUUAUGCCGACGACGAUGUAUUCGAACGUCACGUCGCCGCCGCCAAUGGAUCCCAUAAAAUACCAUGAAAUCCAAGCGAUUUUUAUGAUUUUCUACACGGUCAUAUUUGUACUGGGAAUAUUCGGGAACGCUCUUACGUGUUACGUCGUUUGUCGAAAUCGUGCCAUGCAAACCGUCACUAAUUUUUUCAUAACGAAUCUCGCUUUGUCCGACAUAUUACUGUGCGUUUUAUGCGUACCAUUCACUCCACUCUACACCUUUUUAGAAUCUUGGGUGUUUGGUAAAACGCUUUGCUACAUUUUGGCACCUGCCACGAGCAUAAGCGUGUACAUAUCGACGGUCACUCUCACGUCGAUAGCCAUAGAUCGAUUUUUCGUCAUCAUUUAUCCCUUCCGCCGGAGAAUGAAAACGAAAACGUGUUUGACAAUCGUGCUCGGAAGUUGGCUUUUCAGCAUAGUGGCGACUCUACCCUACGGUUACCACUCGAACGUGAACGAAACGAGCGUGACGGCAUAUUACUGCGAAGAAGCGUGGCCGGGUAAUCACAUUCGGAAAAUAUACGGAUGCAUAACGGUGACGAUGCAAUUCAUCAUUCCCUUCACGAUAAUUGCUUUUUGCUACACGAAAGUGAGCCUGAAAUUAAACGAAAGAGCAAAACCGGGAACUAAAAAUUCUAGGAAAGAAGAAAUCGACAGAGAGAGAAAGAGGAGAACGAAUCGCAUGCUUAUUUCGAUGGUGUCGAUAUUCGCGUUGUCGUGGCUCCCGCUCAAUUGCAUAAACAUAAUAAACGAUUUCAACAACCAAGUUGGAAAUUGGCGGUACUACAACCUCCUUUUCUUUUUUUUCCACGCACUGGCGAUGAGUAGCACGUGUUACAAUCCGUUUUUAUACGCUUGGCUCAACGAAAACUUUAGAAAAGAAUUUAAACAAGUACUUCCCGGUUUCGAUUCGUGCAGACACAAAACGUCCAAGGACAGGCUACCGGGUUGGAGAUCGGAUCAAACGUGUACGGGUAACGAAACCGAAACGACACUAUGUCAAUCCGCGUCAAUUUUACGAAGGUGCAGCAGCAUAAGAAUACAAAUGCCGGAAAUGCUUAAACCUUCGGAUAAACAAAACGAAACAAUCGGACUCGAAAGUCUUCUCCUACCCAAAGCCUCGUACAAUAUGGAAAAGGAAAAAGUCGAAUUGCAUUUGACCGAAGAUGACACGAUUCUUCUUCAUAAUCAAUCCAACGGAAGCAAAUCAUCACCGCCGAGUGAAAGAAACGAUAGCGAAAGCAUUAUCGGAGGACAUCUUUUAUAA